GUCAGCCCUGUCAAGAGGAACAACCUUAGCGACGUGCAUAAUAUUGGAGGCAUGAUAUUGUCAAGACUGUGCGGAACUAGUAGGAAUAGCUCAGGCUUCCUUCCGGACCAGGCUCCCCCUUCGUGGCCAUUGAGUUGAGUGGUGCACGGGCAGCAUGAGUUAAGGGUGAGUGGGUCCGGAAGGAAGGAGGACGUGGCAGAUGCAGCCCGUUGCGGUGUGUCGGAACGUGAGAAGGGAGUUUUUUUCGUGGUCCUGCUGCUGCCCCGUUGAAGAGCUGCAACAUUCCAUCAGACUUUCCCACGGUCUCUUCGAGAUGAUUGUUGCCCACAUGAUUGUUGAGAGUGGCUGAGGGAGAGCUGGUGAGUGUGAUGACUGACUGUGGGAUCCCACAGUCAGUUGCGCUCUUGCCCUCGACCCGUUCACAUCGAAAGACGUGUAACCUGCUACCCGUCUCGAAUACCACCGAAGGCAAAUAUGCGUGGCGACUCUCUCUUCUCGAUGGACCCGUACAACGACAGCGACGACGACAUGGACAACGUCACGCAACACUCCAACAACAAGGCGGAUGCUCGUAAGAGCAACAAGCCGAUCAUGGAGAAAAGGCGUCGAGCUCGAAUCAACAAUUGUCUCAACGAUUUGAAAGGAAUACUUUUGGAAGCCAUGCGCAAGGACCCUGCGAGACAUUCGAAACUUGAAAAGGCCGACAUCUUGGAACUCACGGUUCGUCACCUUCAAAACAUUCAAAGGAACCAGCUCGCGGUGGCAAUGGCGACAGAUCCCACUGUGUUGUACAGAUUUAAAAAUGGGUUUUCCGAGUGUGCCUCUGAAGUGGGUCGAUACCUCUCGAAACUGGACAGUGUGGACGAGGGGAUGAAAACUCGCGUCUCGUCACACCUCACGUCCUGCGUGGGCGGAUUGCAGCAGGCCAAUCCAAAAACUAUCGGAAGCAGAUAUGGUUCAGACGUUCCCUUUGUUCCGUUCUCCCCUCCGGCCGGAGCCCUAAUUCCACCCUCCAACCUGACCCCACCCGGCGACCUCAACAACAACAAGGAAACGCAUCACAUUCUGAUCCACCGGCCCGUCCCCAUAAACCCCGUUGUUUUGACUGGAUUCAGUUCCACAGCCCAAACGACGACGUCGACACUGGCAAGUCCUUCUCCUCCUCCUCCUCAGAUGCCGCCUGGGGCUAUUGGGCGAUCGGGUCGUGGUGAGGAUUAUAGUGUCACUCCGGUCGACUAUUCGACGAGACAGCAGCCAGUGGUGAAAGUGGAGCCGGAUACGACGACACCGACAUCUUCGUCCAAGGACUCCAUGUGGAGACCGUGGUGAGCGAGG